AUGCCCCGCCCAGAUAUCUUCUACCAACCUCCCAAAGGAGAAAGUUCCGGACUUCCUCAUGAUCCAUUCAAAUCUUUCGUCAUUCCGCGACCCAUCGGCUGGAUCUCUACAACCUCCAAGUCCGGCCAAGAUAACCUCGCCCCAUAUUCCCAAUUCAACAAUGUAUCCUUCGAUCCCCCAACCAUCAUGUUCAUAGGUCAUCAAUCCGUCUACAAACGUCAAAGUAAAGAUUCUGUCAACAAUGUCAAAGAUACUGGGGAAUUUGUUUGGAACAUGGCUACCUAUGACCUCCGCGAAAACGUCAACGCCACCGCCCUCGAAUCAUGGGACGACGAAUUCUCGUUCGCAAAAGUAACAAAAGUCGCCAGUAAAGUGGUGAAACCCCCCAGAGUAGCCGAGUCCCCCGUCCAAUUUGAGUGUAAAUUCCACUCGAUUCUUCGAAUCGCCGGUGAUUCGCUGGUCGGGCAUAGUGAUAUUGUUAUCGGAAGGGUCGUGGGGAUUCAUGUUAGAGGGGAAUACAUAACUCCUAAUGGACUCUUCGAUGUCCUAAAAGCAGCUCCGCUGGCUAGACUGGGAUAUCAUCAAUACACGGCUAUAAAUAAUAUAUUCGAUAUGGAUAUGCCUUUCAUGCCGGAUGAUCAUGUUAGUGGGAAUACAUUGGGUGGUGUUGUACCGAAGGAUAUUGAUGAAAAAAUUGUGGUGGAAAAUGGGACUGAGAGGAGGGACAGUGUAAGGUUGGAAAGACAUUAA